CACACAGCUUCAAAUAUUUUUUGCGAGAGAGAGAGAGAGAGAGAGUAGGCUACGGGCAGAGUUAUCACAAGACAGACCCACUAAAGCCACUUCUUUCCUCACUCACUCCGCCUGCUUAACAUUUAUUCACUGCCCAUGGCCUCCGUUCUCAACACUCUCUCAUCAAUUAGGUUAUCCAACGUAAAGGCUACCAGACUUCGAAGUCCACCACCUGCAGUGACGCCUGUUUCUCUUUGUCUAUCUCGUCGGAGGAUUAUAGUCAGAGCAACUGAGACUGAUGCAAAUGAAGUCAAAGCUACGGCACCAGAUAAGGCGCCGGCUAGUGGUGGGUCCAGCAUCAAUCAGAUUCUUGGUAUCAAAGGAGCCAAGCAAGAGACGGAUAAGUGGAAAAUCCGUGUUCAACUUACAAAACCUGUUACUUGGCCUCCGUUGGUUUGGGGAAUCGUCUGUGGAGCUGCUGCUUCUGGAAAUUUCCAUUGGAACUUGGAGGAUGUUGCCAAAGCAAUUGUUUGCAUGAUAAUGUCUGGGCCGUGCCUAACUGGCUAUACACAGACAUUGAAUGAUUGGUAUGAUAGAGAGAUUGACGCCAUCAAUGAACCUUAUCGUCCAAUUCCUUCAGGGGCUAUAUCUGAGAAUGAGGUAAUCACCCAAAUCUGGUUGUUGCUUUUAGGAGGCCUUGGGCUGGCUGGUUUCUUAGACGUGUGGGCAGGACAUAAUAUUCCUGUAAUAUUUUACCUUGCUCUAGGAGGAUCCCUGCUGUCCUACAUCUACUCAGCUCCUCCUCUAAAGCUCAAGCAGAAUGGAUGGAUUGGGAAUUUUGCUCUAGGAGCUAGCUACAUCAGUUUGCCAUGGUGGGCUGGUCAAGCGUUGUUUGGAACCCUUACACCAGAUAUAAUUGUGCUCACACUCUUGUAUAGCAUAGCUGGGUUGGGCAUUGCUAUUGUGAAUGACUUCAAAAGUGUUGAAGGAGAUAGAGCAAUGGGACUUCAGUCAUUACCAGUAGCUUUUGGUUCUGAGGCUGCAAAAUGGAUUUGUGUUGGCGCUAUCGACGUAACUCAGAUAUCUGUGGCUGGCUAUCUUCUAGGGGCUGGUAAACCAUAUUACGCCUUGGCGCUUCUUGGUUUAAUUGCUCCACAAGUCUUCUUCCAGUUCAAGUACUUCCUCAAAGACCCUGUCAAAUAUGAUGUAAAAUAUCAGGCCAGUGCUCAACCAUUCCUCAUACUUGGUCUCUUGGUGACCGCUUUAGCAACUAGCCAUUGAUCUUCAUAUAGCGAUCACAACAUCAAACCCGAUAGAAAGACGCCUGAGCAGGGCAAAACAGCCCAGAACAAGCACUGGAUGAGGAACAAGGUGCCCUGUUCAAUAAAGGAGCUUCAGUUAAGCUCAUUGUAACUGUUGUCUGCAGAAUGACAAAAUUUUCCCAAUUUGUUUACCUAGGACAAAUUCAGUCUGGGCAUCGACUUGUUUUGUUUAUCUUUUUGUUUCUGGUUUUUUUUUUUUGUCUAGUCUUUAGGGGCAUGAAUUUCUAGGGAGAAAAUAGCUUUUGUAUAUACAAGUUAGUCUUAGCCCAUACGGUUGUGACCUGUUUGUGUUUUUAAUUCCAUUUAAUGAAGAGAAAAUAUAUCGAAAGAAAUCUCACUACGACUAACUCGUACUACUCAUCCAUUUGUAAGUGUUGGACCACUUGAAUUGGA